AUGCCUGACAUGACAGGAACAGACCUCCACUGUCAGUACCGGGGGUUGUUUGCUUCGAUCGGGGAGCGCCGAGGCAGCGCCCAGACGAUGGUGACCUCAGGGUUGGCUGGAGGAAUGUGGGCAACAGGGUCUCAAAGCAAGGUACCCGAUGUGCUGCUGCAGAGAACCGGGCCUCGCCUCAACUCAAAAUCGCAUCGUUGGUGUGAUGGGCAAGCUGGCAAGCUGGCAAGCUGGGUGGGUGACUGGUCAGUCCCCAUGCGACUGGCUGCUACUACAUGUACCAGCCAGCCCAGCGGAAGAAGCAAGUACAGGAAGGCCAUGGAGGAGGGCUUGGAGGGCAAGGGGCAGUGGGCAUGUGGCAGUACCACAGAAGGAAGGGCAGCGAUUCACUGUGCAAUCGCCACGCUGGCUGGGAAGGAAGUGCCUGUCAGUCCCUCUAGUCAGGGUGCAUCGUUGUCUGCCCGACCGCCUGCUGCUAAGAACCCCGCCGCCACCAGCACCGCACCUUUGCCACAGAGCAAUGGUCUCGGACAGCAGCACGCUAGACACCGAGACGAGUCUCCGACCUUCUUGAAGCUCACCUGGUCUCUUUUUCCUCCCCAGAUGUCGACGCCGUCCCAUCGCUAG